AUGAGGCCUGCGUUCAACUCUACUACACCUGCUGUUCAUGCAGGCUAUCAAGAUAGGAAUUCUCCAAUCCCAUACCUUUUUUCUGGUAUAGGUUUAAUGUUUGGACUUGUUGCAGUGGCAUUGAUGAUUCUAGCUUGCUCCUAUAGAAAAUCUUCUUCCAGUUCGACUACUGAUCCCGAGGUUCAAGAAAAAUCCGCUAACCAAGUUGAGAUGAAUGCAGAAAUGGAGCCAAAGAUUGUUGUCAUCAUGGCUGGUGACGACAGCCCUACAUAUUUGGCCAACCCAGUUCCUUGCAAUCGCCAAAGUGAUGAACAAGUUUAA